AAGAUGACUCUAAGAGUAAGAAAUCGAGCGUUAGCGUUAGUUCUGGUAGGUCACGUUAGUCAAGCUGGCAUCAGCUGACUCCCAGGUGACUCCCGUCUACCUAUAGGAAUACGACGCCUAUCACAGCAUCCAUAUAUAAGCUCCUCAGUAUUAUCAGCAGCUAUUGCAUUUCUCAGGAGCUAAUUAAAUGGCGAAUUCGACAGGCAAAACAGCACCAUCUCACUAGCAAUUGUGCAAUCGGGAAUUUAGCGAGAGGGAUUCGUUCCCCACAUAGAUUUCACCCCUUGUACACGCAAAUUUGCCGCAUUGAUCAUAAGCCGCCUGAUUUGGAAGUGACUGAGUUAACGUUAGCAUUGCUUCUCGCAUCGCUGCAAUUAGACAUGGACUCGAUGAUGUUAUACUAAUAUGACUGACUCAAGAAUACGUUCAGAUGGAUCUGUAUACUCCCCGCAUGAAGAAUAUAAAGAGAAGAUCAAACAUCCACGUCACUCUCCAUCAUCUCUGAAUGUUUUCAGAAGCUAAGCUAAGUUCCUUUUCAUGCCCAUUGUUUUAAGCCAUUUGGUAUUAGCAACAUGCUGUUGCUAAGGCUAUCAGUGUUGCUUAGGCUUCCAGUCAUUCAGUAAAAUGUUUGUGCGAGCUUUUGCGAUCUUAUAGACCAUUUACGCAAAAACCGGAAACACGUCAACGAAGCGUAAACCCAGUUCCGGUGUGAGCUUUGUUGGCGGAGAAAUGGCAGCUAGAGUGUUUUCGACGAGCCUGAGUUGUCUUCCGAAGUUCACCAGCGCCGAUGUGGUGAAGAGUGUGGAGAUGCAUUUGUCUACUAAAGGGAACAAAUUGGACAAGGGAUAUAAAUUCUUCCACGAAGAGUUUAUCCACAAUUACCAAGAUAUCACUGGAUGCAGAAAGUGCCAACCUGAAAGCUUUCUCCUGCAGUUGUGCGGCUGGUAAAGGAUUCUGCAAUCACAUAGUUGCCAUCCUGUACCAGACCGCACAUUAUUCACAGCUGGGUCUGCAGGCUGUUCCACCCCCCCUGGCCUGCACAAGUGGCUUGCAAAGAUGGCACAGACCAAGAACACAGGGAAUCCAUCCUGAACCGGUUAGUGAGAUGGUGGUGCAAAAGCCCAAAACAGUUGGCAAGGACGGUCUGAGGUCCACACUGUACAAGGCCUAUACAGGACCACUGCCAGAUCCAUAUAUGAUGGCAUCUGGAAGCAAAUUAAGCCAGGUGCAGCCCCAACCUCUCAUGGCUGUUGUAUUGGAUGGGGUUUCUGAGAUGGAGCUGACGCCAUCUAAAUUUGGGUCUGUCCCUCGUGGAUCCCCCAUGUCCUAUCACUGUCCAACCAAGAAGUCCAGUGACCUCCUCCUACACCACAUGGCUCCAGAAUUUCCAUCCCUACCUGUGAUGCAGCACACUUUUCCCAGGUUGCAUUUCGUCCCGACCUUGCAUCAGUUAAUGCAUCUCCAGUCUCUUGAAGUGUCACCGCAGCUGUCCUGCGAGAUAGCAAAAGAAACUCAGCAGCAAUCCAAAUGUCCUGCGUGGACACAGCUACGGCAACCAAGGCUGACUGCUAGUCGUUUUUGGGAUGCUUGUUGUAGUAGGGCGUGUCGUGCAGAGCUGGAGUCUGCAGCUAUUCAGAUGAUCAGAGGCUCCACAAAGCAAACAGCUGCAAUGAAGCGUGGUCUACUAGUGGAGCCUGAAGUGCUGGCAAACUAUGCUGAACUGUUGCGAGUUAAUGUGUUACCAGCCGGGUUCGUCAUUCACCCUGACGCACCACAUCUCGGGGCCAGUCCAGACGGUCGGGUGUAUGACCCUUCAGAGUCGCCUCCUUUUGGCCUGGUUGAGGUGAAGAGCAGCACAAAAACUGAUCCAUCUCAGGUUGCUCACCUCAAGGUGCAGGAAGGCCACGCCAGUCUGAGGCGUUCACAUAAGUACUACUGGCAGGUUCAGGGCCAACUGGCAAUCACAGGACUGACAUGGUGUGACUUUGUUACCGAUACCCUAUCAACUUUAACUGUGGAAAGAAUUUGGCGUGAUGACUCAUUCAUAGCGGAAAUGAAAGAGAAAUUGGAUAUAUAUUAUUAUGGCACAUACAUGAAUGCAUACCUUGAAUUACACUAAUCUUGUCUUUACCAAUCAGUUUAGCCUUCUGUCUUACUGUUGAUAAUCUGUAAUGUUAUUUUUUAUUGUAAAUGUUUGAUGUUAUUUGAGUUGUUAUUAAUCAGUUGAUGUUACGCAUACCAAAAAAUUAAAUGAUGCACAAUUUUGACCAAAAUUGUUUUAUUUGUUCAUCGAAUUUUUUAGUGAAAUCAAAGUCACAUUUCAACAGAAAAAUAUUAAGAAUAUAACAAUUAUUUAAUUUGAUUUUUAAGAAUAUGUGGGAACACUAAAUUAUUUACAUACUAUUUAUUUACACAUUAUACAUUAUUUACAUACCAAACAUUAAUUCACUCUUCAAAACAAAAAGGUCCUUGAUAAUUUGCCAAAACACAGCAGUUAAGCCAGAUCUGAUUCACACUGCCAAUCAGUGUGAGCGGCACGGGAGAGUCCCAGAUGUGAAAGGACUUUAUCCUACCGAUCACUCUUUCUACUAUAAUUCUGAGGCGGGCAAUGGCUUGGGUUUGUUCCGUUUCCUCCUUGCUGAAUUGAGCUGAACGCUUAAAAGGUGGAAUGAUGAGCUUAGAUUCAACGUCAGCAAGGAGGUCUUGAAUGAGGAACCCUUUGUCCGCCAUGACAUCGUCUCCUGGCUCCAGCAAGGGAAGGACUCCACUGAUCCUGGUGAUCUCCUUAUCUGAGAUGCACCCAGUGUACAGGGGUGAGAUGAAUGUCACCAAACCAUUGGGAGCAACUCCAAUUAGCCCUUUCAAUGUCGUCCUGUUUUUGUAACUUGAAAAUGUUUCUGACUGUAAGGUCAGGGAUGAGGCUGUCUCCAGGGCAAUUUCUGU